AUGAGAAUCGCAACCCUGCAAUUUGCCCCGAAGCUGGGUGAUGUCGAGGGGAACAUCAACAGGGCCAAUGAACUGCUGAAGAGGGGCAAACAUGUCUCCAUUGAUGGACAGACCCGCGGAAUCGGGAUUGGAAUCGAUCUUUUACGUCCUGAUAUCCUGGUAUUGCCGGAGCUAGCUUUGACCGGGUACAACUUCCCUUCCAAGGAAGCAAUCAAGCCAUAUCUAGAGUCUGCCGGGGCAGGCCCCAGCGCAACAUGGGCGCGCGACACAGCCAAAAGCCUGCAUUGCAAGGUCUGCAUUGGAUAUCCAGAGAUUGAGCACAGUGACGACGAGGCAGAACCCAAGUACUACAACUCGCUCCUCGUGGUUGAUAAAACCGGUGCGGUGAUCCACAACUACCGCAAGAGUUUCUUGUAUUUCACCGACGAAACAUGGGCUGCGGAAGGCAGCGUGGAGCUAGGAUUCCGCAAGCUUGCAUUUACACCGUGCGACGAGCCCGAGAGCAAGUCCAAGUCCACUACCAUACCCACAGCAAGCCCAGUCCAGCAAGAAGUACCCACCUCAUUUGGUAUCUGCAUGGACAUCAACCCCUAUAAAUUCGAAGCACCAUACACAGCCUACGAAUUCGCCAACCGCGUGCUAGACUCCGGCUCACAGCUAGUCAUUCUGUCAAUGGCCUGGCUAACACUAAUGGGCAAAGAAGACAUUGCCGCGCUGAAUGGCAAACCCGAUAUGGACACGUUCAGCUACUGGUUAAACCGGUUUAUGCCCCUACUGGAGAAGAAGCUGCGGCACGAGGGGGAUAUCGACCGCCACACCGACAGCCCCGGCGCAUCGAGCGAGCCCGGCACCAAGAGGACCGUGAUUAUCUUUGCCAAUCGCGCCGGGGAGGAGCCGGCGGCAGAUGAUACCAAGUCAGCGGCGCGGUAUGCGGGGACGAGUGCCGUCAUUGCUGUGACGCAGCGGGCUCGGAUGGUGGCAUCGGGGUCGGGGUCGGGGUCACGGGUAGAGGGUGGGAUCGACGGUGGAGAGGAGGGUGAGGGUGAGUGUGCUGUGGAGGCGAAGAUCGCCUGCUGGGAUCUUUUGGGGGCGGGGGAGGAAGGGAUUUGUUUUGCGGAUACUACGGCAGAGCCGAAAAUGGUGUUUGGAUUGAGGAGGAGAGGGGGGAGUGAGGAGAGUUCUGGAGAGGAGUCUGAGGGAUCGGGAUAG